UUCGGGGCCACCGCUGCCGCCCCGCCGCGCUCGCCGCCGCAGCCAGCCCACCUCGGACGCGCCGCCGCUCCCGCCAUGGGUCGACAGAAGGAGCUGGUGUCCCGCUGCGGCGAGAUGCUCCACAUCCGCCACCGGCUGCUUCGCCAGGCUCUGGCUGAGUGCCUGGGGACCCUCAUCCUCGUGAUGUUUGGCUGUGGCUCUGUGGCCCAGGUGGUGCUCAGCCGGGGCACCCACGGUGGUUUCCUCACCAUCAACCUAGCCUUCGGCUUCGCUGUCACCCUGGGCAUCCUUGUGGCUGGCCAGGUCUCUGGGGCCCACCUGAACCCUGCUGUGACCUUUGCCAUGUGUUUCUUGGCGCGCGAGCCCUGGAUCAAGCUGCCCAUCUACACCUUGGCGCAGACGCUGGGAGCCUUCUUGGGUGCUGGGAUUGUUUUUGGGCUGUAUUAUGAUGCAAUCUGGGACUUUGCCAAGAAUGAGCUCAUAGUCUCGGGCCCCAAUGGCACAGCAGGCAUCUUUGCCACCUACCCCUCUGGACACUUGGACAUGGUCAAUGGAUUCUUCGACCAGUUCAUUGGCACUGCCUCCCUCAUCGUGUGUGUGCUGGCCAUUGUUGACCCCUACAACAACCCCGUCCCCCGCGGCCUGGAGGCCUUCACCGUGGGCCUGGUGGUCCUGGUUAUCGGCACCUCCAUGGGUUUCAACUCUGGCUAUGCUGUCAAUCCCGCCCGGGACUUCGGUCCCCGCCUUUUCACCGCCGUUGCUGGCUGGGGCUCUGAAGUCUUCACGACCGGCCGCCACUGGUGGUGGGUGCCCAUCGUGUCUCCACUCCUGGGCUCCAUUGCGGGUGUCUUCGUGUACCAGCUCAUGAUCGGCUGCCACCUGGAGCAGCCUCCACCCUCCACUGAGCAGGAGAAUGUGAAGCUGGCCCAUGUGAAGCACAAGGAGCAGAUCUGAGUGGGCAGGGGCUACCUCCCCGCCCCCUCCCUUGAGCAUCCCCAGACUGUGCAGGGGCUGCUGCCUAGAAGCCUUCAUGGGUCCCUCCCAGACUGAGAAGCUCCUUGUCAACUCCCACUCCAGUGGACAACCCCCUUGGGGAUUCUCCCCAGGAUGCUCACCAAAUAGGCCCUUAGGACACUGUCUUUAAGCUGUGGUGGGAUAGGGAGUAGGCCCAACAUACCCUUUGUUUCCCAAAAGGAGAAUGGGCAGUGGGCGUGUGAGCAUGUGUGCAUGUAUGUGCGCGUGUGUGUGCUUUCCAAGAUACUCAGGGCAAGGGACCAAGUGGAAAGGAUUCUAGCUGUUGGGGGGAGACCAGAGGAAGGCAAAGAUCCAUCUGUGGUGUGUCCCAUCUGUGAGUGAAGAAAGUGUGAAGAGUCUGCAUGUUUCAGGGGGCUCCAUACGGAGAAGGGUCCAGAUAUAUGUGUUUCUGAGUAUUCUAAGCAGGGAGCUUCUCUAGGCUUUGGGGGAGGUAGG